AUGUUGCUGCCGAUCUGCCUCGCUUGGCUAAACCUUCCAUCGGCCUUUUCCCGAUCGAUCUGGUCGUCCGCGGCGUCCCACGACCGCCGACAGACGAUGUUUCCACAAGUCGACGUGGAUGCAGACACGGUGGUCUAUGUGCGCUUCCAGAUCCCUCGAUCUGGCCAGACUUCGCGAGAUGCUCGUGUCACUGAGACUAGCUGGGAUAGCGACGUGGGCUCCGUGACGGCGACAUGCAUGGACUUCUUCAAUUCCGGUGGUACCAACGAUCAGCUGUGGCGAUAUUUCGAUAUUUCGACACUACAGUACGCGGGGCUCUUCCGUGCUUCGUGUCUUAUGGGAAUGGCGGCACAGUCUGGCUUGGACGGUGACAACGUGGCUGGGUCCUUCAUCCUGCCCAGCGGCGUAGCGAAGCUCCGUACCAUUGGACCAGACACGAACGGCGACGGGUGGACUGCGCAAGACCGCCAAGCCGUCACGGGGAUCUUCGGCAUCGCUGGACAGCUGGAUGCGUCCGACUUUGCCUACACGACGGUCGGGGCUAUCAAGGAUAGCUUGAUGGACUGGGAUCCAAGAAAGCGAUACGAUAACCAGUUGCGCUUGUCUCUGGAGAAGAACAACGGAGACUCCGUACCGUUGACCCUGGGUCUGAUACACUAG